UACCAAAGAGUCGUCACUAAUUAUCCCUUGUUUGCAAAAUCUUCCCAUUAAGAGUUUGCGUGUUUUAAUACAGUAUCAAUUAUAAAUUGAUAAUCCUCUCUCUUUUUGUGAGAAAUUUUCUCUUCCAAUCGUUGAUGAUACUUAUCUAAUCUAAGGUUAAGAAUAUCCAACAUGUCUUCGGUACUCAGUAGGGACGGAAUACUGGACUAGUUACCACUUGAGUAUGUGAACUCGGCAUAUAAGAUUCUUGGCCUACGAAAAGGCAAUGCAUACAUCACUAUCCGAAAAUCAAAAAAUCUAAACACCAUGGUUGCUUCUGCUACUCUAAGAGCUGCCAUUUUUCCCACUAGAUCAUGCAUAUGCAAAAUGUCUAUGACAAAGGACUCUCAAUUGACGGUUGCAACCAUUUCCGUUGGCACGGGAAAAUACAUCAGUGAGAAUGGAUAUGGUAAAAUUCAGUACACAGCCCCUGUAAAAGUACAGAGACCGGUCCUUGCUAACAUACCCUGCACACUUCAACAGGUGGUGAAAAAGAUUAAGAAAACAAUGACAAGCAAAUCAACAAGAUAUGGUCAAGUAGAAGAGCUUAUCAUGAUUGACGCCAUCCAGCGAUUAGGCCUUGAAUAUUACUUUCAUGAUGAAAUCCAAGAUGUGCUUGAAAGGCAUCAUGUGCAGUGUAUCACAAUUGGUGAAUAUGGUUCUAAUCUUCAUGAUGUUGCUCUUCGCUUUCGACUGCUAAGACAAGCAGGAUACAAUGUGUCUGCAGAUAUUUUCAGUAGAUUCAAGAAUAAAGACGGGAAAUUCAGCAAAGAACUUGGCAGGGACAUGAGGGGACUGAUGAGUCUCUUUGAAGCGUCUCAGCUGAGCACUCCGGUGGAUCAUAUACUGGAUUAUGCUGGUGAGUUUUGUGGGAAACUCCUAAAAUCUACCUUGAAGAAUGGUAGUGGACAACCUGAGGCAAGAUUAAUAGGAACAACAUUACGCAGUCCAUAUCACAAAAGCUUGCCAAGACUUAUAACCCAGAACGAAGUUAACACUUAUGAAACUUCAAUAAAGAUUCUUCACGACUGCAGUGGUAUGAGUGACUGGAUAUAUGAGUUACAAGAUCUAGCAAGAAUUGAUGUCAACAAGGCUUAUAUCAGUCACGGAGAUGAAAUAACUCAGGUUUCAAGAUGGUGGAAAGAACUUUGCUUGACUGAGAAGCUGACGCUUGCAAGAAACCAACCAGUGAAAUGGCAUAUGUGGUCUUUGGUUAUUCUCCCAGGUCCAAAUAUGGCUGAGUUAAGGACAGAACUCACAAAAGCAAUAUCAUUCAUUUAUAUCAUUGAUGAUAUCUAUGAUGUGUAUGGAACAAUCAAGGAGCUCACUCUCUUCACUGAAGCCGUCAAUAGAUGGGAUUAUGCAAAUACCAAGGAUUUACCAGACUACAUGACAAUGUGCCUCAAGGCACUCUAUGACACUACAAAUGAUAUAAGCAGCAAAAUUUACAAUAAACAUGGAUGGAACCCCAAAGUUUGUCUACAAAAAGCGUGGGCAGAGUUAUGUAAUGCUUUCCUAGUGGAAACGAGAUGGCUUUCUUCUGGACACUUGCCUAACACAGAGGAGUAUUUGAAGAAUGGGAUAAUUAGUUCAGGAGUCUAUGUUGUUUCUGCAAAUAUCUUCUCUCUCUUAGGUGAAGCUGUAAAUCAUAGAAGCACGAUUUUGUUCAACAGCCAUCCAGACAUUGUAUCUUCAGCAGCUAGAAUUCUUCGUCUUUGGGAUGAUCUAGGGACUUCUAAGGAUGAAAAUCAAAUUGGGAGAGAUGGGUCAUUUAUAGCUUGCUACAUGAACCAACACAAAGAUAGCUCAGCUGAAAGUGCACAAGAAUAUGUUCUUUGGAUGAUUUCAGAUGCAUGGAAAAGCCUAAAUAAGGAGUGCCUGUCUCAUUCUCCAUUUUCUGCAGAAUUCAAGGCAGCUUUCCUUAAUUUAGCAAGGAUGGUUCCAAUAAUGUAUAGCUAUGAUGACAAUCAUCGUUUUACAAGCUUUGAGAAACACAUGAAGUCAGUGCUUCAUAAUUAACCAAGCACAUAUAACCAACCUACUACGGACAAAUGAUUAAAAAAAUCUUACAAAGUAAAGGAUAAUAACAAGUGUGGGAGGGUUAUGAUAAUCAACUCAAGAGUUGUAACCUCUUCUUAUGCCAUAAGUCAUCUUAUACGAAGUAGCAAUUAAAUUAGUAUUACAAGGUUGUAUUCAGUUAUGAAUCAAUCCAACAAUAAGUAUGAGGAUCUAAUAGGACGAGACACAGAAGCAGCUACAGAGUUGCAACUGCUUCUCUUUAAAUAAGUUUAACUAAUACUAAUAAUGUAGCAAGUUAAUUACAAAGCUGUACUUGUAUUAGGACUGGCUCUUUAAUGUAAGUCUUGUUCAGGGUGCAGUCCUGUCAGGCUCUCAAAACCAGGCAGGAGUGUCCUGAAACCGUUUUAAACCAAGUCCACUGAAAUAGUCUAGGAAUAAACUGACCUAAAACCGUACAGACCUACUAGGGCUUGUUUAUUUUCACUUUACUUGACAUUAGAAAAGUGUUGAAAGACAAGUAACACUAACACUAUGUUUGGAUAAGAGGAAUUGGUCAUAAAGGGAGGGAAUUGAAAGGGAGGGGAACAAGCUCCCUUGUUUGAAUAAAAGUUUGGGGGGAGGUAGGGCAAGGGAGGGAUCCAUUUUCACUCCCUAUUUAUUAAACAACAUCGCUCCAAAAUUAGAGAGAUUUGGAGGGACAAUGGAGCUCACCUUCCCCUCACUUUCUUUCCCCUCCCCUUCCCCCUUUUCCCCUCCCCUUCCUUACCCCUUCUAUCUUGAUAUCCAAAUACACCACAAUAUGAGUAUUAAAUUAAACUAUACCGAUAAAAUAACCAUUCAAAGAUAGGGAGAGAAAAUUAAUGUGAUAUUGAAUUAAGUAGCAAAUUGCAAUGUGAUGCAGACAUGUAGUUCUAAUAGUCCUGUUAGAGGACUAAGAUGUUCAUUUCAAUUGCUAAAAACCAUCCAUCGUAACAUUGGGAAACCUCGCGAAUGAUUUCUUAUUGUACGCUUCAAGUCACCAGCAGUAACAGAGGUCUUAAGCAACAGAACUAACAGUUGUUUAGACGUCAAUAUCAUUCAAAAAUUAUAUCCAAUACAACAUCAAAAGAUACCCAGGGGUUAGUAAAUAAUUUCAGUCUAAUAAUUCAAAAGCUAGGCUUCAUAGGGAGAAAUUCUUUUAAGAUGGUAAGACAAAGAGUAAACUACGGAGUAGUA